UUUAUUGACUUUCGACUACGCAAGCUUGUCGGUCUGUCAUAGCUUAUUAGCUGUAUUACGUUUGUGUGCGUCGCUUGCUGUAAGCACAGGGUCCAGCUAGCAAGCUAGACCUAGAAACUAUUAUUAUGUAUGGGUUAGAUAGUAAACCUACGCUAGCCAGCUACUGAGCUACAUUGGACGUGUACUGCAGUGUUUUUGCGAUAUGUGUGAGAUACGAACUAGCUAAAUUGUUUACUGGCGAGUUGGUUAAAUAGGUAGAUAGCUAGCUAUGUAAGUAUUGGUGAGUUGUGUUGGUAAAAUCCUGCUAGUAAACCGUAGCUAGUCGGCUAACCAGGCAAUUACUCCGAAUAAUAGCAACACACAGGAAUUACGUUCGCUAAGUCAGUUGACUAAUGCUGAAACUAUAGUAUUUAUUGUUCUGGCUAUUUGUGUACAUAUUCGUCAUUAGUGAUUCAAGACAGCAGCAGUAUUGCGAAAUAAUGCUGAUGCAUAGCUGAAACCUUGCUGGUGUCCAGCCACACCGUGUCAUUUGGUUUAAAGUGAUACAUUCCGUAUACGCUUCUUGGUCUCAACAGUCAAGCAAGUGUAGUCGCGUCUUUAAUGCUCAACACAUGCACUUUGAAUUGCUAAAAUGAUAAUAUACGUGCCUGUCAUUCUGAGAAUAUAGCCUCUGAAAGGACAAUUGCAAUCCAGGAAGUGUGAAGCAUUUCAGUUUAUCUUCAGGCAAUGCACGAUAUGGGGCAACUAAUUUUGGCAGGUUUUACCCUGGGCUGGGAAUUGACUGGUCAUUGAUUUUGCAGUUCAGUUACCCAACUCUGGCAUAUUGUGCUUUGUCUUAUAUUGAUUUGUAUUUACUGUUGGCCUUAAUAACCCUGACAGUCUGAGACAGAACAGUACUCCGAGCUCGAGGCAGAGCGUCCAGCAGCUCACUGAAAUGCAGAGGAUCUUCUUUUGUGUGGGUCACGCUGGUCAGUCUCUCUGCCAGGUACAGCCUGUGCCCCUCCCUCCUGUUGCCAUGGCUCCCAAAGACAUCAUGACCAACUCCCAUGCCAAGUCCAUCCUAAACGCCAUGAACGCCCUGCGCAAGAGCAACACGCUUUGCGACAUCACCCUGAGGGUGGAGGGCACCGACUUCCCCGCCCACCGGAUCGUCCUGGCUGCCUGUAGCGACUACUUCUGUGCCAUGUUCACCAGUGAGCAGCUGUCGGAGAAAGGGAAAUCUCUCGUAGACAUCCAGGGGCUAACAGCGUCCACCAUGGAGAUCCUGCUGGACUUUGUGUACACAGAAACGGUCCUGGUCACAGUCGAGAACGUGCAGGAACUGCUGCCCGCUGCGUGCCUGCUGCAGCUAAAAGGUGUUAAGCGAGCAUGCUGUGACUUCCUGGACAGCCAGCUGGACCCGUCAAACUGCUUGGGCAUCCGGGACUUCGCUGAGACCCACAACUGCCUGGACCUGAUGCAGGCGGCAGAGCUCUUCUCCCAGAAACACUUCCCCGAGGUGGUGCAGCACGAGGAGUUCAUGCUGCUCAGCCAGGAGGAGGUGGAGAAGCUGAUCAAAUGUGAUGAGAUCCAGGUGGACUCUGAGGAGCCUGUGUUUGAAGCGGUGUUGAACUGGGUCAAGCACAACAGGAAGGAGAGAGAGCCCUUCCUGCCAGACAUGCUGGAGUACGUGCGCAUGCCCCUGCUCACCCCGCGCUACAUCACCGAUGUCAUCGACACAGAGCCCCUCAUUCGCUGCAGCCUGCCCUGUCGGGACCUUGUGGAUGAAGCCAAGAAGUUCCACCUGAGACCAGAGCUAAGGAGUGAAAUGCAGGGCCCUCGAACCCAAGCCCGACUAGGGGCCAAAGAGGUCCUCCUGGUUAUUGGAGGAUUUGGCAGCCAGCAGUCCCCUAUCGAUGUUGUGGAGAAAUAUGACCCAAAGACUCAGGAGUGGAGCUUCCUCCCUAACAUCGCUCGAAAGAGGCGCUACGUGGCCACGGUUUCGCUGAACGACCGGGUGUACGUUAUUGGUGGCUACGACGGCCGCUCGCGGCUCAGCUCGGUGGAGUGUCUGGACUACACGGCAGACGAGGACGGGGUUUGGUACACCGUGGCAACCAUGAACGUGCGCCGCGGCCUGGCGGGGGCCACCACGUUGGGCGAUAUGAUCUAUGUGGCAGGGGGGUUCGAUGGCAGCCGUCGCCAUACUAGCAUGGAGAGGUAUGACCCCAACAUCGACCAGUGGAGCAUGCUGGGAGACAUGCAGACAGCAAGGGAGGGAGCUGGCCUUGUGGUGGCAAGCGGGCUGAUCUAUUGCCUGGGUGGGUACGAUGGGCUGAACAUCCUGAAUUCGGUGGAACGGUACGACCCGCACACGGGCCACUGGACGAACGUCACCCCCAUGGCCACCAAACGUUCAGGGGCUGGGGUGGCCUUGCUCAAUGACCACAUCUACGUGGUGGGUGGCUUCGAUGGCACUGCCCACCUGGCCUCUGUGGAGGUGUACAACAUCCGCACAGACUACUGGACCACGGUGGCCAGCAUGACCACCCCCCGCUGCUAUGUGGGAGCCACCGUCCUCCGCGGUCGGCUCUACGCCAUUGCUGGGUAUGAUGGGAAUUCCCUCCUCAGCAGCAUUGAAUGUUAUGAUCCAGUGAUUGACAGCUGGGAGGUUGUCACCUCCAUGGCAACCCAGCGUUGUGAUGCUGGGGUGUGUGUACUGCGGGAGAAGUGAGCCGCGCCCUACGUCUCCUGCGCUGUCUGUGGCAGGUGGGAGGAGGACGAGGAGGGGGGGGAGCGGUGAUGGCAACUAAGGGACAAGCCAGUCUGGUUGAAUGCCCUGUAUUUGGGAUGGGAGUGGUGGAGGGUCUCACCACACAGGUUGCCAGCUGUGCCAGAGAGACCUGCCAACACCCAACCCCAGUGUCCUCUCCCACCAGCCACCCUGUGGAGUCUGCCUGUGUAGAAUUCAGUUGCCUCUAAGAGAUACCCCCCUUACCCUGUCAGAAGGAAGGAAGGGGCUAGAGAUGUGGAUGUGGGCGUUGUUUUUAUCUCCUCGUCAAAGGUCAUGACUCCUGAGAAGUUGUCUCCCAUCACCCUCCAUGCAUGGCUGUCGUCAGUGUGAACUGGGCGGGGGUCGUUGCUAUGGCCGCCCAUGCAGCGACCCGCCCUCAAAGUGCAUUAUUUCUACUGCUGUGACGAACCCCAAGAUGGAAGAAGUGCCGCUCCAGCCUUACAUCUGCCACAUUUCAUAGAGCGGGGAGGUCACCCUCGUCUCUGGGCCUUUGUGUGGGGGAGAGCCCCAGCCACUUGCCCUCAGAUUGUUGUGAUUGUCGUGCUAUUAUGGGUGUGAAUACAGUGUCAGUCAUAUCUGGUUUGGCUGUGAUUAACUGGGUAAACGCAGUGUAUUUUUUUUAAGUCAGUGUGCGGUCACUGAGAA